CAACAUCCCACCUUCUUAUGCUAAGUCCGCUAUGUUAUCAUCAUGACUAAGCCAAUUUACAACUAUUAACCGGUAAUUGUAUAGAGAAUUAGCAGUAGCAAGAAACAUUAUUAUCCUCAUUCUAUUUUCUAUACAGUAUCGCUUAAUUGUUUAACUUCCAUUCUAUGUUUUAGACUUAUUUGCCAUUAUAUUCCUAAUAUUAGAGCUGUCGAUUUACGAUUACCCUGCCAUCAUGUCUAAACCUCAACCAAUUCAACCGGUACAUUUGACCAAAGCAUCUACGAUUAAGCAAUCUGGAGGCCAAACCGAAGGCAUGAUACGUUCGAACGCGAUAGUCGAUAAAUGCGACGGCAUCUGCGCUACGAGCAUGCUUGCGAAACCACAUACCGCUUCUGCGAUCCAUCAUCACGGUGAUCAAGAUACAAUAAUCUAUGCUGUCAAAGGCCGCGGGAGUGUUAUUAGUGAAGGAGGAAAAAAGAAAGUAGAUCUAGAACCAAGAGAUUUCGCUCUAAUUCCCGCCUGGUCGGAACAUCAAGAGGUCAACGAUGGAGACGAGGAUGUGAUUUGGACAAUAGUAAGGAGUGGGAGAAUUCCCGAGGUCGUGAAUCUCACCGGCUGGAACGGAGAGCCCAUCAACAGCAGCUAGGAACCCCCGCCUCUCCUCUAGGAUGCAUCUCUAUUCAUUGCUCUUCAAUAUAUACGGUAGAUGAUCGGUAUAUACGGACGGCA